UCGCGGGAACGUUCCGAUUUCAAAUUUGAAUUAGUGAUUUUAAUAAAUAACAAACUUUUUGGUGUAAAACCUUUUUGAUAUAAUAUUGUGUUGUGAAUCGAUCAACUUUUGUGGCAUUUGUGAAAGUUUUGGGAUCAUGCAAAAUGGAUGACUACAAUGACAGCCUCAUUUUCAACGACACAGAGAGCUAUAAGCCGUACUCGCAGCGACCAGAGACCUACAUAGUACCCAUACUAUUCGCGUUUAUCUUCAUAAUCGGCGUUGUGGGCAAUGGGACACUUGUUGCCGUGUUUGUACGGCACAAGGCUAUGCGCAAUGUUCCAAACACGUACAUACUGUCGCUGGCACUGGCUGAUCUUCUGGUCAUCAUCACCUGCGUGCCCUUCACUUCUAUCGUCUACACUCUGGAAUCCUGGCCCUGGGGUGACACAGUAUGUCGCCUUUCGGAAGCUGCUAAAGAUGUCAGUAUUGGAGUAUCAGUGUUCACCCUGACUGCGUUGUCAGCUGAUCGGUAUUUUGCCAUCGUGGACCCAUUAAGGAAGCUUCAUGCUACCGGUGGGAGCAAACGCGCUACAAGAUUGACAGUGGCAACCGCUAUUGGAAUAUGGCUGCUUGCAGGCGCCAUUGCUACACCGGCCUAUAUAGGCUCGUAUCUCAGGGAAUUCGUUGUUAAUCCAACUAAGAAGUUUUUAGUAUGCUACCCGUAUCCCGUGGAGUGGGGCGAGAGUUACGCUCGUACCAUGGUGCUGAUGAAGUUCCUGAUCUACUACUCCCUUCCGCUGGCUGUCAUCGCGUUGUUCUACGUGCUGAUGGCCCGACACCUGGUUUUGAGCACACAGAAUGUACCAGGGGAGAUGCAGGGCACACAAAGACAGAUGCGAGCUAGAAGAAAAGUGGCUUUGACGGUGCUGGCUUUCGUGGUUGUUUUCGCGGCGUGCUUUCUCCCGACACAUGUUUUUAUGAUGUGGUUCUAUUACUGUCCAACAGCCCAAGAGGACUUCAACGCCUGGUGGUCUGCCCUACGCAUAGUUGGGUUCUGUUUCUCAUUCCUCAACAGUUGUGUGAACCCCAUAGCCCUGUACUGCACUAGCGGCAUAUUUCGGAAACAUUUUAACAGAUACCUCUUCUGCCGCACCCCAUCAGCACAUGGUACUCGAGGGUCACUAUCAUUGUCGACGUCUCGGAGAUUACACUCUAGUCGGAAGACCAAUAUUAGCAUGGUUCCAAGAACGACUAGUGUCGGACGAGAGAGCAGUAUUCGUCUUCUAAACAACGGCUCCUCGAAACUCUGAGAUAGGCGCCGUUCGCGUUGUAUAGCGAACAAUAACCAGGACUUUCAUACUAAGAUGUAGGCUUAAAUAGGUAUUCCGCACUAAAACACUUAAAAUGAAUCAAAGUAAAUCUGUUUUGCCUAUCACGAAUCAAUAAAACAGUUACCCAGUAAUUUACAAUAUUAUCGUACCACGUUAUUCCAAACGUCAUCAGCGCUACAGAUAAUGUGAUUCGGAAUUACGUGGAUGACUUCAUAAUUAUUGGAAUCGGCUCUCUAAGUGGCUUAACCAUUGGAAAUUGCAGAGUAACGCUGUAUACAUACAUUGUACGACGUUGUCUGAAAAUUCAUAUAAAAAUUCAGAUAUUUUUGCCUAACAAUGGAAUAUAUAUCAAGAAAGCCUCUCAGAUUCAUUAGGUAAAUCUGAUAUGUUUUAUAUAAAUGGAGCCGUCUCAAGGACCCUUACUACAAAUAUAUAUAGCUAUCAAUAAACUUAGCUUUAAGAACAGAUCACAAAUGAUAUUAAUUGAAUUUUUGUCAAAAAGU